AUGGUCAAAGGAUUGAAAUUCUUGAAGGACGAAUUAAACAUCAUUCACCGUGAUGUGAAACCCACAAAUGUUCUUGUAAAUAGAACAGGAGAAGUGAAACUUUGUGAUUUUGGAGUGUCAGGUCAAUUGGUAAAAUCACUUGCCAGAACGAAUGUCGGAUGUCAAAGUUAUAUGGCGCCAGAACGAUUCAAUUUAUCAGAGAACGGCUAUGGAGUGCAAUCCGAUGUUUGGUCUCUUGGACUUGCAAUGGUAGAAGUUGCUAUUGGAAAAUAUCCAUAUCCUGUUCAGAGUAGUGGAAAGGGUGGAAUAUGGGAUCAACUAUCGGCCAUUGUUAAUGAAAAGUCACCUUCGUUACCUAACGAUAAGUUCUCAGAAGAAUGUUGUGAUUUUGCGGCUCAAUGCCUGAAUAAAAAUCCCAGCGAACGCCCGACAUAUUCCCAAUUAUUGGAACAUCCAUUUGUGAAAAAAUAUCAAGAUGCAGCAGUUGAUAUGAAAUCAUGGGCAGAAGAAUCUUAUUCAUUGCGGCAGGAUAUUUAUAAAGAAUAA